CACAAUUUUUCAUGGAGGAAACAACUUUUUCCGGAGAAACGUCAGCAAACAUCACCAUAGAGGUUCCAUUUGUUAGUUUUCCUGAAUACACAUCACACAGCGUAAUAAGACACGAUGGACAACUGGUAUUGAUGAAUGAAAAAUACACUGUAUAUUUGAGGAACGAGUCUGUGGAUGCUGUGUUUUAUGGACAGCAAGUCAAUCUAUCUGGAAACGUUCUACAAGUUACUAUCAGCGCCUUGGAAGAGAAGGAUUUUGGGAUAUACAAGAUACAAAUAACCAAUGAUAUCAAUACGGCAAAUUUAAGCAUUGAUAUAAAGGCACAAAGCAAGCCGUCUCCACCAACAGACCUGGAUUGGACUACUUCGGACAAGACUGUACACUUUGAAUGGGAAAAGGGGUUCAACGGGGGAUAUGAACAAACAUUUGUUUUAAAUACGUCUCUCAGUUCAGAUGGUUCAUGGAUGUAUAUUACAACCAUCAAGGAAUCUGAAUCAAAAUAUAUAGAGGACGAUGGAAAGUUUCACGUCAGUUUAACGAACCUAGAGCCAGGGGUUUACAGCGCCAGAAUCGUGUCUUUUAACCAUAUUGGAGCUACUGAUCCUGUCGAGUUCAAACAGAGUUUUGAAAUAAUGGAAUAUAGCAAAGAAUCCUCAGCUCGACAGCUCAGCGUUACUCCAGUUAUUGGAGGAUCAAUUGGAGGAACACUACUUCUUGUAUUUGUCAUCGUUGGUUUUAUUAAACUAAAGUACGCCUGCUCAAUUAAGCGUGCUGGACGGGAAGAUCUGUACCAAAAUACACAUUCCGAACCGAAAACAGUUUCAAAAGGAGUUGACAAUCCCCAAUAUAUCCCCGCAGCCCAGACGUACGAGGAACUGCCCAUGACGACGGACAUAGGGGCUUACACUGAUCUUAAAAAUGUCAACGAUGGGUCAGAUAAUCCGAAUGUAUACGCGCUGUUGGAUGAAUCAAGAUUAAACCCCAUUUCGAAUGAGGAUACUGUCGAAAAAGAAGAUCCCAUUUACAUCAACUUAGUGUUGAAAAACCCAGAGCAGCUGCAAAAGACGCCGUUUAACUCAACACCGUGUUGAAGAAGCCAGUGCACAUUUAACACUGACGUUGGCGUUAUUGUUAUUCUUAAACUAUAUUAUGAUGCGAGUGAACCCUUUUUUAAGAUUAAGACAAUAUCAGAGUGAGAAAUCAGGAACAAUAAUUAUUCAGUAAUUGUAUGGCAUAAUUCAUGUUAACAAAACAUCAUUCACAAUUUCUUCUACAUAAAUAAUAAUUCAACAAUCAUAUGUAAACAUUACAUGCUCCUGGUGUGCUUU